AUCCAGGUCUUCGCUUUUCAUAUAUCUUCUCUUCUUCUUUUCUUUGUUGAGAAAAGAUUAAGAUAAGGGUACGUACGCGCAAACCCUAAAACACGUACUUCACAUAUAUUUCAAGGCAUGGAUAUCGUGAAGGGAAGGUGGACGAAGAAUCCGAUCAUCAAGGCGUGGAAGCGAUGCAGUACUUUACCUAAACAAAGCAGCACGAAAGGCUCUACAGCAGCUGCUUCAUUGACAAGAAGCAAAUCAUGGAGCUCCAGUACUACUAGUAGUACUGGCACUUGCAAGCAGAAGAAGAACAAGGCCAAGGCAUGCCAAGUCGCUCCGGCUGGGUGUUUCACAGUCUACGUUGGACCCGAAAAGCAGCGAUUUGUGGUGAGGAUGGAGUUUCUUAAUCAUCCAUUGUUCAGGAUGCUGUUGGAGGAUGCAGCAUUGGAGUAUGGGUACAAAAGUGACGGUCCGAUAUUGCUUCCUUGCCAUGUGGAUCUGUUCUGCAAUGUUAUGGCAGAGAUGGAGAGCAGUGAUAUCGAUGAGGAUAGGAUCAGUGCUUCCCGUAAUUGUUCUCCGAUAAACUUCAGUCUGGCUCGUCGUAGAAAUUGUGCCAGCAACAGAGGCUGCGGUGGUGCUUAUAGGGUACUUACUCCAACAUCGUCAUCAUCAAUGGUGGUUACCUAGAUUUGAUUUUAACAUAUAUACGUACGUAGAUUGUAGAUCAAGCCAUAGAUCAGGAAAAAGACAAAAAAACAACAAUACAUCCCU